AUGUCUAUCACUGAAAAUAAUAAUCAACCACACCGAGUCCUCCUCGUCAGUGUACCCCGCACUGCCUCGAAUCUUCUCCUGAAGAUUCUCAACGUCUCCAACCAACCAAAAGUUCUCACCAACCCAAAAAGCGGCUACUUCUUCUAUGAUGCCUUCAUGACAGCCGGCCGGGACGGUCGCUUGGACAAGCCGAUAGAAGAAUGGUCAACUGCAGCAAAGAACGAGACUAAAACCGCUUUCCAACGAGGUUUCGACGAACUAGAAGAAUAUUCCACCCGAGCACGCGCCGAGAACAAGAUAAUGUUCGCCAAAGAACAUGCCUUCUGGUUCAUCAACCCAGGCUUCUUCGCAGGCACCGACGGCGCCGAAGACCCAGAGCACAUGAAAGAGUUUAGCGUAUCCAUGCCAGAACGCUACGGACCCUCGAAGACAUUCUCAGCCAACAACAAAACUGUGUUGCCGGAUGAGUACCUGCGCACCUGGCAGAUAGCCUUCAUCAUCCGUCACCCGGCCCUCGCUUGGGCAUCCAUGUACCGAGCUAUGCUCAAAUUGUCUAAAGUUGGAUUCAUUGAGGAUGAUGACAUUAAGGGUGCAUCGAUCGCGAAUCUGACCAUGAAAUGGUCGCGGAAAUUGUACGAUUGGUGUCUUGAGCAGCCCGGGAACUCUGUUGCGCCUUUGGUCAUCGAUGCAAAUGAUCUCAUCCAUAACCCCAGUGCUGUGGUGAAGUUUUGCGAGAAUACUGGUCUAGACACCGCAUCUUUGCAGUUUGAGUGGAGUGGCUCUGAGAAGAAGUCUGAAAACUGGGCGCCUGAGAAGUCGAACAUGGGUAAUCCUCAUCAGGAGAAUUUGCAUAAGACUGCUGCUUCUAUCAUGUUGUCGACUUUGGAGGACUCGACUGGUGUUGUUAAGGAUAAGGCUCCUGCAUUAGUUGAUAUUGAUGCGGAGGUUGCUAAGUGGCGUGUCGAGUUCGGGGAUGAGGCUGCUGAGAUGCUUGAGAAGGCUACCCGGGAUUCCAUGCCGGAUUAUGAGUAUCUGAAGGCCAAAAGGGUUAUUGUCUAA